AGUUCUGUUCAGCUCAUCACAACCUCAGCUGCAAGUGUCGACCCUGAAUUGCUCGCGUUUUGUAGCAUGGGUUGCUGCGGCGCUAUGUCCGCCAGGCCGCGCGGCGUCCGCGAGGAGAAGCUGCUCCGCGUCCCCGGCGCGUCCGUGCACCUCAUGGCCGGCUCCGACGGCCCCGUCGAGAUCGCCCGGGGCGACCUCGCCGUCGUCAGGAUCACCAAGGACGACGUGGCCGUGGCCGCCGUGGUGCGCGUCGGCCGCGACCUGGGCUGGCCGCUGGCGCGGGACGAGCCCGUGGUCAAGCUCGACCGGCUGCACUACCUGUUCACGCUGCCGGACAAGGACGGCACGUUCCUCAACUACGGCGUCUCCUUCGCCGCUACGGCGGCCGACGCCACCGCGCUGGCGUCACUCGACAGCUUCCUCAGCUCCAACGCCUGCUUCUCCGCCCCUUCUGCGGUCGCCGCUUCCCUGCAGUCGAGUUCCAGGCCGACGUCGUCGGACGGGUACUGGAACGACUUCGAGCCAAGGAUGGAAGGCUACAACGGCGUGCUCGCGAAAGCGAUCGCCUCUGGCACCGGCCAGCUCGUGAAGGGCAUCUUCAUGUGCAGCGAGGCCUACGCCAGCCAGGUUCAGAGGGGAGCCGACCUGUUUCGUCCUCAGGCUGCCGGCGACGUGAGCAACCGAUUCGGCGGAGCUGACCGGAGCAGCCAGGCGAGCACGAAGCGUGGAGGAGUCAACAAGAGCCUCAAGAGGGUAAGGAAGCUGUCGGAGAUGACCGAGAAGAUGAGCCAGUCGUUGCUGGAUACGGUCAUCUCGGUGACGGGGUCGAUGGCGGCGCCACUGCUUCGUUCCAAGCAAAGGAGAGCCUUCGUCGCCACCGUCCCCGGCGAGGUCAUCCUGGCCUCUCUUGAUGCUAUCAAUAAAGUUAUUGACGCAGUAGAGGCUGCUGAGAAGAGAUCACUUGCUGCAACUUCCAGUGUCGUCGCUGGUGCAGUGUCCAGGAGGUACGGCGAGAGCGCAGGGGAGGCAACCGAAGACGCGUUCGCGACGGCCGGCCACGCCGUGGGGACGGCGUGGAACCUCUUCAAGAUAAGGAAGGCCGUCACACCGUCGUCUUCCCUCCCUGGGAACAUGGUGAAGAGCGCCGUCAGGAAGAGGAACUGACGCCCCAUUUGCAUUGCGCAGCACGCAGCACAGCGAAACCGCUACAAUUCGCCAAGAGAUAAUGCUAUACAUUGUGACUGGUGUGCAUGGCUUUCAAAAGAAGACGCUGCUAUGCAGAAUGAUCAUGUACUGACGAUGAUAAAUUUAACGGAUAUUAACUAUGACAAAGAUUUCU